ACCUUUAGGUUACGGAAAGCCAUUAUAACGGAUAUCACCUUUGGGGGUUCUCUCACAAGCAUGGAACCGCCGGUUUCGGCUUUGGAGUUGUAGCAGUGGAAGAGGCGAAGGAGAGAGAGGAGAAGCGCGAAGGAGAGAGAGGAGAAGCGAACGCAGGAAGCAGCGAAAAAUGGACAGCCGAAAGGUUGUCGUCUGCGACAACGGCACUGGGUAUGUGAAGUGUGGAUUUGCUGAAGAUAACUUCCCGACAUCUGUGUUCCCUUGUGUGGUUGGAAGGCCAAUGCUUCGAUAUGAAGAAUCACUGGUGGAGCAGGAACUGACGGAUAUUGUUGUGGGAGCAGCUUGUGCAGAAUUUCGUCACCAACUAGAUAUAUCUUAUCCUGUCAAUAAUGGGAUUGUGCAGAAUUGGGAUGAUAUGGGUCAUGUAUGGGAUCAUGCAUUUUACAGUGAACUGAAGAUAGAUCCAAGUGAAUGCAAAAUUUUACUCACAGAUCCUCCACUCAAUCCUUCAAAGAACCGUGAGAAAAUGAUAGAGACCAUGUUUGAGAAAUACAACUUCAGUGGUGUCUUUAUUCAGAUCCAAGCAGUUCUCACAUUAUAUGCUCAAGGUCUGCUGACUGGCCUUGUCAUCGACUCUGGUGAUGGUGUCACCCAUGUGGUGCCAGUUGUUGAUGGUUAUUCUUUUCCACAUCUAACCAAAAGAAUGAAUGUAGCUGGAAGGCAUAUAACAUCAUAUCUUGUUGAUCUGCUCUCUCGUAGAGGGUAUGCCAUGAAUAGAUCUGCAGAUUUUGAAACUGUAAGGGAAAUAAAGGAGAAACUAUGUUACAUCAGCUAUGACUACAAGCGUGAAUAUCAAUUAGGACUAGAAACCACUAUUCUUGUUAAGAACUACACCCUCCCAGAUGGAAGAGUUAUUAAAGUUGGCACUGAACGGUUUCAGGCUCCUGAGGCCCUUUUCACUCCAGAACUUAUUGAUGUCGAAGGUGAUGGAAUGGCAGACAUGGCUUUCCGUUGCAUUCAGGAAAUGGAUAUUGAUAAUAGGAUGAUGCUCUACCAACAUAUUGUUCUUAGUGGAGGGAGCACCAUGUAUCCUGGAUUACCUAGUCGCUUGGAGAAGGAGAUUCUUGAACGCUAUCUUGAUGUAGUGCUAAAGGGAAAUAAGGAUGGAUUGAAGAAAUUAAGGUUGAGAAUUGAAGACCCGCCACGAAGGAAACACAUGGUUUACCUUGGAGGUGCAGUCCUUGCUGGAAUCAUGAAGGACACACCAGAGUUCUGGAUAACACGGCAAGAAUACCAGGAAGAGGGAGUCGCAUGCUUGAGAAAAUGUGGUCAAGUGUGAUUGUUGCAUGGAAGCGGGCCAGUUCAACUCUGCUGGACCUCCUUGCCGAUGAUAACAGGGUUGAUCCACCAGACAUACUAGUUGAUGAAAAAAUAUCUGCUUUCUGAUCUUAUAACCAAGUGCUGUGAUCUUGAGCAAAUAUGAUCUCUUGACAGAGCAUCUCUGUUGCCUCUUAAGAUAUAAUAACCUUUGUUAAUAACUACUUCUAUUGCAUGAUUACUAUGUUCUACCAAUACAUUGACUGUGGUGUUCAUCAAAAUUGUGUUGCUGCACUUA